AUGCCAACUUAUGCACUUCCUACGGCUGCCGGCGUCGACUGGACGUUAGAUCACCCGCCCGGAUGUGAGGCACCACAUCCCAGGCAACUUCUACGAAUCUCACUAAACCUGAAAUACCUGAUUGACAAAGUGGUGCCUAUUCUCUAUGAAGAACAGGCAAUAAUGUGUGACCACUCUCGAAUUCUAAAUUCCCGUGUGAUAGCGCUUGCCCGCGAAGCAUGUGGCGGAAGCAAAGGAAAUCAGCAGUCGUUGCGCAAGUAUCAGUCUGCGCUCAUUUUUUGUCUUCUCAAAGUAUGCGCAUGGUACUGGGACCUGGCGGCGGCAGAAUUACAUAAUGCCGAAAUCUACAACCUGAGGGCUUCUGCUGCCCAACAGCUAUGCAAGCUUAUCAUAGAACAGGAGGAACAGCGCGACGCGCAAUUUUUGUUCAUCCAGAUGCUCUGUCGUCGUUAUGUGAUAAACGAAAACGAUGAAGAUAGUGUAGCACAAAAUGCGCUUGAGCUCGCAAUGGACAUGCACUGUACUACUGUAAUUGGGUCGAGCGGAUACCAGCGCUGUCUGAAAUGGUUGUGGCGCGGCUGGAUUGUUCAGCAUAGACAAGACUCCAAAGCAUAUGUGCUUUGUGACGUAAUUCCUUCGGCUAGGUUUAGCAGCCACUUCCAUCCGGACCGGUUGAAGACACCAAUGUAUCAAAAUUGGCUACAGAUAUGGUUUUCGCUCAUAUUCGUAAUCCUCUAUACCGCUGUGGUUAAUGGCAAAGACUCUACCGCCGUCGAUGGUAUCGAGUUCAGCGAGGGGCUGUUUUACUUCUUUACCAUUGGAAGUACUCUGGAUGAACUUAACAAAAUCUAUCACGUCGGGAGAAGUUACAUUGGGUUCUGGAAUGCCUUCAACGACACAAUGUACUUCACAAUCCUAACAUCUAUGGUUCUGAGAAUUGUUAGCGUUAGCCCUAUCAAAACAACAAUGCCAGCUGAAUACUGGGACAAAAUUUCAUACAGGGUUCUAUCCUGCGCUGCGCCCCUUGUCUGGGCUCGGCUUUUGCUUUACUUAGAAUCUAGCAGAUUUGUUGGUGCUUUGCUAGUUGUUUUGAAGCAUAUGAUGCAAGAAUCGAUAGUAUUCUUCUUUCUGCUGUUUUUGUUGAUAAUCGGCUUCCUGCAAGGGUUCAUUGGUCUCGAUUCCUCUGACGGAAACCGCGAAAUUACCUGGCCUAUUGUUUCGAACUUGAUGCUCACAGUUUUAGGUUCUGGAGACUUCAAAAUGUUCAAAGAUUUUGCGCCCCCAUAUGCAGGAAUACUCUAUUACGUCUACUGCUUCAUCGUAUCAGUGAUUUUGUUGAAUAUCCUGAUUGCGCUUUACAGUACCGCCUAUGAAAAGGUGAUUGACAACGCGCUUGACGAGUACAUGGCUCUAAUGGCUCAAAAAACCCUGAGGUACAUUAGAGCACCGGAUGAAGACGUUUAUGUACCACCCCUUAAUCUCAUCGAGCUGAUGUUGAUGCCAUUUAUGCUGAUGCUCCCACAGAAAACGGCUAAGGCUUUGACUCACCUCGUUAUGACGGUGGCAUACUUCCCUAUGCUAGUAUUUAUUGCGGUCAAAGAAGUUAGGGAAGCGAAACGUGUGGCAUACAACAGGAUGAGAAAACUUGAAGAUGAUGCAAACGAAACGGACACCGCUUGGGAUCUCACAGAUGGCUAUGUUGAUGAUGCAGACGGAUGGAUCCCUCACAGCGGAAACUCAGGAAUUGCAGCGACUCAAGUAAAGAACAAGAGAUCUUUGAACCUACAGAGAGAAGCUGAAACUGCAGACCCUGAUUUCAGAGUUAAGGCCUCAUGGUUCAAGAGCGUCAAAAGGGCUGUCCAGCCAGUCGACCAAGGCUUUGACUCAGGCAUCGGCUGGGAAUUCUAUGAUGUUUAUCGCGAGAUUACUGAGAAAGCUGACAACUCUGACAAAAAAAUUGAAGAACUGACCAAAAUGGUACAAGAGUUAACCAUGGCAGUCAAAGAGAUGUCGCCUUCCAACCCAAAGAGCAAAACUUAG